GGCGUUCUACCAAGAGAAUGCGCCGAGCCGGCAGGGAGCCCUAGUAUCGGCGCGCAGGCGCGGUGGGGGCAGGCCGGGAUUUAAAGGGGUAGUGUCCGCGGGUGCUGCCCCUUAGGGGGAAUCUGUUCCGCGUUUUUAGAGGCGAGCGGGCUUUGUUCCUCCUGUUUGGAAAGAUGGUUUGCGGGGGCUUCGCCUGCUCACGCAAUGCUCUGUGCGCCCUCAACGUCGUUUACGUGCUGGUUGGUCUACUACUGAUUGGCGUGGCUGCCUGGGGUAAAGGAUUUGGCAUAGUUUCCAGCCUCCACAUCAUCGGAGGGGUCAUUGCUGUGGGCUUCUUCCUGCUUCUCAUCGCCAUCGUGGGACUCAUUGGUGCUAUCAACCAUCACCAAGUCAUGCUUUUCUUUUAUAUGAUAAUCCUAGGGCUAAUCUUUAUUUUCCAGUUUGGAAUUUCCUGUGCAUGCCUGGCACUAAAGACACAUAAGCAGGAAAGUCUUUUGAGCAGUGCCUGGAAAUUAUUGAAUGACAACACCAGGGUAUCAUUGGAAAACAACUUAAAUUGCUGUGGGUUAUUCAAUAAUACUGGAUCUGCUGAGUUAUUUAAGAGCGAUGUUGACAAUUGCAGUGCGCCAUGCACAAAAUCAAAGAGUGGAUGCCUCAAAUGUGGUGUUGUGAUGAUGGAACAUGCAGAUGAGGCCUUGAAAAUCCUUGGUGGAGUUGGACUCUUCUUCAGUUUCACAGAGAUCCUUGGAGUAUGGCUUGCAAUGCGUUACAGAAACCAGAAGGAUCCCAGAGCCAACCCCAGUGCCUUUUUAUAGUUCCUUCUCCUAUCACCUUCCAGGUUCCCUUUUCAGUUAGCCACUUCUUGCUUAUUUAAGACCUCCCAUUUCCAUCACUCAAUACCCAGCCAUUCUCGCAGGCCCUAUGAGGGUGAACUUUGCCAUUGUGCCAAACCGCUGAUUGGAUGAAACAGCAAGCGAAGGCUUCAUCCAUGACAUGAAGCCUUUGGCAUGUGGCAAAGGGACCCAGUACUGGGGGAGGAAAAAAAGCAGAUAUUAGUUGGUAUCACGUAAGAUGACUGAAAGUCAUUUUGUUGACUUAUGUAAUUGCUGCUUAUAACUACAAUCACUCUGGUGUUUUUAAAACUUUUGCAUUGUUAGACCCAAGUUUUUAAAAAAGAUUUUCCCUAAAGCUGCUUUUUUCCUCAAAUAUGUCUUCAUCUUCGCAAGACAAAGUGCUUUGUGUUACUUUUUAAGCAGUGGAGGCAACAGUUUUCCCAUAAACUUAUUUUCACCAAAUUUGCCUGCUCUUCCCAGUUUGUGUUUCCUAUGGUCAAACACAGUAGACAUGAGUGCUAUGUGAAGCAGCUCUAGGGAAAGAUUUAGAUUUAGUUUAAACAAACAUGCUGGUGUCUUAUUUUAGGAUUUUUUUACAAGCCGAAAUUGAAAUUUACCUAAAUUCAGAAUUUACAAUCGUAUACUCAGGCUGCCUCUUUUUAAGGGGGAAAAGUCAUAAUCUGCCUAAAACUGACUGGAGAACUCAUAGUGUAACUCAGUUCAUAGUGUAAUUACAGGUACAUCUACUUACAAAUUCUUAAACUGGCUUGAAAGUGGUUUCUCUGAAAACCUGUUUCUUUGGAACAAAAGGGACUUGAAUGAGAUUAGCCUGAGAUUUGGAUUCCAGGUUCUUUUGCAAUAUUAUUCCUGUGGUUACUUAGCUGGAGGAUUAAGACUUGAAACUGUUGUAUGCUGGUGAUAUAGACGUGUCCUAUCCUGUUCAGUUGCUUCCCCUAUAUCCGACUGUUGUGAAUAAGGAUGUAUGUGAGGAUCAUAGCUAACCCUUGGGGAUUCUAUUGUUUGAACACUAGACUGCCUAUGAGGCAGCCCCUCCCCCCUGCUUCCGGUUUCAGCCCACUAUAUUCUGAAAUGCAAUUUCUUUUGUCCUACUUUUAACAAGAGAAGCUGUAGCUGAGCACAAGCAUGUUACACAUUAGCACUGGGCCUUGUAUAGUAUUAAGUGAUCUAGAUGGCAGCCUGGGAAAGACUGUUGCGGUGCUGUCAGUCUCUUGCCCAAGAAAGGUUCUAGUGAAGCUCUUAGCAUCCUCCAAAUCCCUUCAAAACCAGAUAUUUCUAGGACAGAGAUUGGAAGGAGCUGUGCCUUCAAGAUGAAAAGCAGAAGCACAUUCCCAUUAACACGGAAAGAACACAGACUACUUCCUCUUUGAUGAGUAUGAAUGUCUUCUAGUGAAACCUUGAAUGUUUUAUAUGCUGCAUCCUUAAUACACGUACCAUACUAUUUAUUUAUAGAGUAGGGAAGGUCUCAUAAUCAGUGGCAUAUUUUGCAAACAAGUACUUACAUAGGGCAGGUAGAAAUAGCUUGGCAAAUUCCUCUCAACUCCUAAAGCUACAGUCGGCAUCUGAGGUUAACAUCCUAGGUGAUACGCAGUAUUAAAUGGUGCAGAUAAGCCCAAAAGCAAUGUGCUGCCUUUUGAAAACAGGUGUGGAUAGAGAAAGAUUGGUCUCCCUAACAUACUUUUUGAGCUAGGGGUUACAAUUCCAGUCAAACUGUUGGGGUGGUGGGUGGGGAGAGGAUGAUUGUAAACAUUUAUUAUAUUUAUACUCUGUCCUUCUGAUGAUCACAUAAGGUGGCCAAAACAACAGAAUGCAAAUAUAAAUGGAUGAUAAAUACUAAAAUCAUCUAAAAAGUAAAAGCUGGCAGAGCUGUAUCUUUACAGAUUUUCUAAAUGGUAAAAAAAUAGUGGCCAUAUGCAGCUCCCAAAGGAGUGUCUGAGAACAGUAGCUCCCAAAGGAGCAUUGUCUGAGAGCAGCAGCAGCAGACCUUCUCCCACAUCCUCAAAAGAAGAGCCUCCAUCAGUUGCCUAAGAAAGACAUCAUGAAAAGGGCCUGCCCUGUAGAUCCCAGCAACUAUAAAAGUGUGAAUCAGAAGACAGAUUGUAAGCCAUUUAAGGCUGUAAAGAUUAACACCAACACCUUAAAUUAUGCUCAGGAGGCAACUAGCAACCAGAGAACUUUUAGCACAAGCAUCACGUGAUCCUUGUACCUUGCAGUGGCUAGCAUCCUAGCAGCCACAUAUUGGAGUAAAUGCAGCUUCUGGACAGUUGAGUGUUUCACAUAGAAAAGUUGCAGGAGUUAAGACGUUAAGUAACAACACAUUGAUAGCUGAGGUCAUACCUGACCAACCUGGGAAAGGUGCAGUUAGUUUACAUGUGACUGCAAGGGUGCACCUCACCUCACCUGAGAAUCCAGUGACACUUGAAGUUCAAGGGGUACUCCCAGACUGUGAACCUGCUCUUUCAGAGUGUGUGGAAUCUUAUCUAAAACAGGCUGAUCUCUGUCUCCAUCUUCAGUUGCCCAUUUAAAAACUUGUUAGAAUUUAAUUUCAGCUUGUUCUUGCUCAUCCAGUUGCACUAUUGAAUUACCAAUGUUCAAGGAAACUAGUUCCUUUCUUGGAACUGAAUGACGAUGAGCAAUAGAGCUAGUAACAUCAGUUGGUAACACCCCUCCAAAAUUCUGGAUGACCUCCCCUCCACUGGUUUCAUCUUGACAUUGAAAAGCAUAGAAAGCCAGGUGGAAGCCUAUCGGACAUCAUGAGUCAGUGGCUAGGUGACCCCAAUUAAUGCUCCAGCACCACCUUCUGGACCUGGGAUGAUUAGAACCAUGGUAAAAUGAGGUUCCAAGUCCCCAUCUUGCCAUAUAGUCCAGAAAGAAUGCUGUAGUGAUGGUACUGAAGGCUGCCAAUGGGUACAGAAGAACUGGUAGGGCUAUACUCCUCCCAUCCAAUUUCCAGCACAGGUAAUCCACCAAGGCAAUUGAGGGCAUUUUAAUUCUAUAACCCAGCUGAAAGCGUAAUAUACAUCCAGAAAAAUCAAUAUUAUUUAACUCCCACCUAGAACUGCAAGGCACUACCUUCUUUAUCACUUUAUCAAAAAAUGGAAUAUUGAGACUGGCUUGUAAUUAUACAAGUCUCCUGGGUCAACAUGUUUCUGCAGUAAAAAGUCUUAUGAUUGCCUCCGUUAGGCAGGGGGAAGACGUUUUUAAGCAAGAACUGGAUACCAUUCUUUUGCAGCCUUUACACACUGGGGACGGUGCUGGCAGUCUACUGAACUUCAUUACUCACAGGGACUGAUUGAAACAAUUCAACAAGCACUUUAUAUAAGGUGGCAAGUAAAAACUGGGCUAUAGCCAGGUAGUAUUACAAAUGGUUGUCUCAUCCUAUUUACCUUAGAGAAGGGGUUAGACAGGUACUGUGCAUUAACACAUAAAAUGGAGUUUCCAGGCUAUUUCUUUCAAUGCGCCUUUUUUGCUAGGAACUAUUCUUGCCCUGCAGUGGUAGUUGAUAGGGAGGGUGAGGAAAAGACCUAUCAGAAAAUAGCAAUCUGAUAUAUUCAGAGCUGCCUAUGGCUUUAAGAAUUACGUACUUUUUCCAUCUUGUACACAUGAAACUGCUCCUAUUGUGACAGGCAAUUUGAAUAAACUCAUUUCUGUCAAAUGCA